AUGAAGAACUUGAAGAUCAAAGUUUUGUUGAUGUUGCUACUCAUGCAACCUCUCCAUGGAGAGUCCCUGGGAAAACUGAAGAAGGUUGUGGUGUACAUCAGUGAUAGACCAGGAGCUCAAUGGAAUGUGCUGGACAUAACAGUAUAUGAUACAGUAUCUGGCUGUGAAUCCCACUUCAGCAGCAAUGGAUGCCUCACAGUGGGAUACACCACUUUGGAGUCUUGUAAGAACUACAGGUUUGGACUGCAAACUUGCCUUCUGUAUUUGUGGUCCUGUCAUGGAUGGACAUGCUGUUUCAGCUUGAAGUUAGCCCCUGUCCUUCUGUGGUUUAACAGCACCUUGAACUACAUGUUUGCAAACAUGCUGCUUACCAGUACCCUUCUCAAUGCUGUUGGUGUCAUUCAGCUUGAUAGAGGCAUCUUCCUCUCCAGCCUCCUUGUCAAUAUAGGAACAUUCCUUGUGAAUGGCAUAUAUGAUGUAGCAAUGUACAAUAUCAGGUGCUAUGACAGAGAGGACACUGGUGAUACUGUGCUGCAGAACCUGGAAGAUGAGCCCCAGUAUGAUGACAUGUGCUAUGACAGAGAAGACACUGGUGACACUGUGCUGCAGAGCCUGGAAGAUGAGCCUCAGUAUGAUGACAUGUAA